AUGGAAAGCCAGAAAGACAGGGUGAAAUUCAAUGUUGGUGGCAGAAUCUUUGAAACUACGGCCACAACCUUAGCAGGUGCUGGUAGGAAUUCAUUCUUUGGAGCCAUGUUUGAUGAGAAUUGGAACCUGCAUUCUAAUGCCACAACCAAUGAACACUUCAUUGAUAGAGAUCCUGAUUAUUUUGCCUUCAUUCUUAACUUACUCAGAACAGGUGAGCUUUAUAUUCCUCCGAAGAUCGAUAAGAAAUUCCUAUACAGAGAGGCUCUAUAUUAUGGCCUUUUGGAUCAUGUUCGGUCAGCUGAGUGCGCUCCAUUUGAUGGCAAUAGGCUUCGGUUGGCACAGUCUAUAACAGGCCAGUCAGUAGGGGAUGAUGUGGGCACUACUCAGGCCAUUCGAGCUAGCCCGAGUGGCUGGUGUUGUGUGGCUCAGGGUAGCGUGGUUCGCGUGUACGAUUGUAUGCUUGAAGAGCACCCCACAAUCAAUCUUGAUUACCAUAAGGUGAAUGAUGUUUGUUGGGUUGAUUCUGAAAAUAUUGUGGCUAGUUUUGACAGAAAAUUAGCUAGUGGAAGCAUAGGGUUAUUCAACGUAUCUACAGGAAAGCUGAGGUAUAAACACCAGGUUACAAAUCAAUUGAAGGAUUACACAGCAGGUACACUAUGUUUUAAUUACAAGUUAUCCUCCAAUUGUAAAAGCAGUAGCAAUAAUGAGUAUAGGAUUGGUGUUUGGGACCACGUCACGGGGAAGCUAAUAAACAUCGUUGUAGGUAAGCGAAUUCUUGGUAAUGAUAGCAAGCUGCAAUGGUAUGAUACCAACUGUUUGAUGAUUGCUAGUUUUUAUCCGUUGAAUCAAAACUGUUGCAUCGGCUUGUUCGAUAUAAGGGAGAAGGAGGGGCGGAUCUUCUGUCAGAAGGCAUUGGUUUGGUCGUGGAGUGGUUCUGCUUGGGAGCAAAGAAACCAGUAUCCCGUUAGUCAACAACUACGGAAGUUUAGAGAUGUGAUAAUUAUAAAGGAGAGUAACUCCAUUUGUGUAGUAGAUGAUAAUGGAUGUUUGGGUUUCAUUGAUUUGAGGAGUACUACUAAAAGUGUAGAAUGGAGAGAAAGUUGCACACCAAUUACUGCGGUGGAUAAUAGGCCUUGCUAUCCCAAACUGGGAUUUCACGAGGGGCAAUUGUUCUCAUCAAUGAACGAUACCAUUUCGGUUUCUAGUGGUCCUGACUGGGUUCUAACAUCACAACUUCGACAGAAUCGUGGUGGUCCAAUUUGUGAUUUUUCAAUUGGUGGCGACCGUCUUUUUGCUCUUCAUAGGGAAGAUGUUAUUGAUAUCUGGGAGACCCCUCGUUCACCAAUUAUAUGA